CCAGGAUGCUCGGCGGUUUCCAAGAUGGCGGCGCUCAGGGGUGGCUGUGGCGCGAAUGUUUCGGACUCGGAGAGCAGCAGCGCGGAGGACUUGGCGCGGUUUCGCGAGGCCGCCUGGGACCCGGCUGGGUGGCGGGCGGCGGUGGUUCCGCCGGAGCCCGGCAGCGGUGGCUUUGGGAAGGACAAGUUAUUAUCAGUUCAGCCUAGUCUCAGGCAGAAGGUGAAUGACUAUGACAGAGAUGGCAACGAAUUACAGACCACACCACAGUUCAAAGCACAUGUUGCGAAGAAACUGGGAGCAAUAUUAGACAGCUACAUCACUGUCUUGGAGGGUUCAUCAGGUCCUGCACGGAAUUCCACGCAAACAGCUGACUCUGAAGAUGAUGGUUUUCGCUUAUUCUCUUCAUCUGAUCCAGGAGAUUGUGGGAAACCCAAACCUCCGCUCUUAGCCAGGAGGCGACGACCUUCUAGUUCUAGUGAGCUGGACAGUGACCAGGAAUGGCAGAAAUACCAAGAGGCUGCUGUGUCAGCAGCAGAUAUCUUAAAGCAAAGUGCUUUUUCUGUGAUGCCUCCGGAUUCCAGCCAGGCUCACAAACAGGAGUGCACAGAGGACAACCAAAAGAAGAAAAAGAAAAGGAAGAAGAAAGCUAGAGGAGAGCAUAAUAGUGAACAGAAGAUAGCAGGAUGUUGCCAGAUCAGCAACGAGACUCUGUGGUCCAUUGAUGGAGAGUGCAAGAGGCAAGAAGGCAGAUGUACAGAGGACACAACGUUGCCCAGAGUAGUGAAGAAGAAGAAGAAGAAGAAGAAGAUUACCAGAAAAGAAGUAAAUGAUGAUUCCACUCUAUGAACCACAUAUGGUCAGGACGGAAGAAUGAUGGUGAAAAGUUAACAAAGGUAGUUCCUGCACAUUGUCCUCUGCUGGAAAUGUGGAGAAACAAUUGGCAAAGCUUCUGUUUUAAGGGAGUCAAAGGAGUAAGAGUUUAAGUGACUGUCCUUGUUGGGGGCAUCCCUUGGGGAACUCCCCUUUUCCAUUCCAUCACAAAACAAUUACUUGCAUUGCUGGUUAUGUAGACCUUGCACUGAAGGAUUUUGUAUUCUGCACAGACUUGGGCAAUACAGGGACAUAUUGAGAGUCACCUCUGCCCUGGUCUGAUCCUUCUAUGUAUCCAGCCCAAAUCCCGUGUUCCGGAGCUAGUGUACAUGUGUGAUAAACUGAUUUUGGUGGAGAUGGUGACAGAGGAUCAGUUCCUAUUUCACCUCUCCCACCACCUGCUGCCAGAACCAUGGGAGAAACGGCUCCAGGCUGUGAGAGACUGACUCAUCCACAAACAUCCUAGCAAAUCUUGGGGACCCACCUACCACUCCUAUAAUCACCAGAAGUACGUUACCAAAACCUGCCAUGUUACUAAUUCCCAUGGAAUAUACACCUCUCCGGAGGUCCUGUGCAGAACUAUGAAAAGAUUGUGCAAUAGUGUCACUUCAUUGUUAUAAGCAGGUGUUUCUUUCAAAACUGACUCCCUCAGUGCUUUAUUUUCACGGUAUUACAUCUGCCAGUGUGCAGUAGAAUUCAAUAACAAUAAAUGCUUCAGUCUUAUUUAAUAUAAUGUCUUAUGCACAACUGCCAUCUUCCAUUAGGAUGGGCACAGCUAACAGAGGUAUUGCACAUCAUAUGUGCCUUUAGUUGCACAAUUGUCUGUAGCUAUUUGAUGAUGCUGUAGAACUGCCAGAAAUAGGUGCCUUUGAGCCCAACAUGGCAGUAACUGCAUUUAAGUCCUUAUUUCAUCAACCAGGUCUAUGUUGUCUCUCUGAGAUGCAGCAGCAGUUUUUGGCAGCUUUCAGUACUGUUUGUAUCUUCCUAAUAUUGGCCUGCAGCUCUGAGAUUUCAGAGAAAGACCUAAUAUUUGGAUGGGUGGAGGAACUUGAGAUGCUAAAGUGAGAAAAUAUUGCUCCUUGUAGGGUCCUGGGAGUCACCCACAUUUUGUGCAAGAACCCCGAUAUUUUUCACAUAAGGAAAUGCCCUGCAGGCAUCUAAACUGCAAAAGUAUUUUGAAAAUCAGCUUGUGAAUUAACCUACUACCCCAACAGAAAUCCCAUACCUUAUGGCCAUCAUUACAAUUAUAAGUAAUUUUAACUUCUGAAAAUCAUGUGACUUUUAAAACUUUUUCUGGAUUCCUCAUAAAUUUGACUUCACUUAUACUGUAAAGGGGAUAAAUAUACAACAGUCUCAAAUGGUUUUCUUUCAGUUUACUGAAAGUUUAAAUAUAUUUACAGGAUAACACAGAGUGGAGAGUGGCAUCAGUCCUAGAGACAAAUUCCAUUAAGAUUUUUGGUUACUGAAAUUAGGCUCUAAUAGUUCAUAAUAUCAGAGUCCAGGGAAAAAGUCUUCUGAAUACUGGCACCAAUUUACAUCUAUAUGUUUUAAGUCACAAGACAUGGUGGCUAUAGGGACACUGUCAACAUAUUUGUAUGGUUUCUUUUAUUCUCCAUUGUUUCUUACUCUUUUAGAGGCUUGAUCAUAUUUUUCCCUCAUUGGGUUUUGUCCCCUCUACAGUGUAAAUUGAUAGCUUCAGCUCCAUUAGAACCCCAGAAAGAAGUUUAUUAUGGCUUCUCCUAUGUUUGUUUGCAGCUCUUCAGUGAUAUGAAAGUACAAAGAAGAAGAGGAAUUACUAGAAGCAUUUAUAACUAGGGACUCAGGACUCAAAGCGUUCACUUUUACAAAUAGAUCCAUGGAAAUCUGAGGGGUUAUUCACAGAGGUGAGGGCUGUAGCAUCAGCACACAGUGAAGAGCUAAGAAUUAAGGAUGUGGUUACACUAUAUUCAUACUAAAACAAUCCACCUAUAUGGAGAUCUUUACAGGGAAGAUCUGAUGCGUGUGAGAGAGAUCAAUACACACAAUCCCUGUUAGAAGGGGCAAUGGUGUAACAUGAGGGACAGGGCUUAAAGAGCCUUAUUUCUGAACCAUUAUUUUCAGAUGUAUUAUGUUGAGCCACUUCUUUCUCUCUCCCCAUCCCAAAUGCCGACCACACUGGCUCCACUGAUCACCCUGUGAGGGGUGUGAGAGACCAAGAAUCAAGCCUGCUGAUGUGGAGAAAUAAACAUUCCUUUCUCCUCAGCUUUAAUUUCUGAAUUUAAAACAAAGUAGAACUAUUGACAAUACUCAGGCCUCUUCCACUAGGCCAGGGCUGUUUUAGGGUAAGUCAUAUUUCUGAACCUAAAUAAAUUGACAGCGUCCCUUUUAAGUUAAAGAAAUGGCAAGUUUUUAGUUAGUGGUUCUGUAAUGAGAGGAUAGUUCUCAUGUCAUCCCUGGCUCUGUUUCUCAGUGUCUUUUUAGCUGUAAGGCCAGUAUUCGGGCUCUUGUACUGUCUGCCCCAAGAAAAGUUUCUCUCUCAUUCAGUUUCCAUCAGUCUGUUUGCAGCAGUGGUGGGUGUUUAAGCGGUGCUCACCUGCCAUUAGCUGCUCAGCUCUGCUCUUUUCCUGCAGGACUUGCUGUGGAAUUGGCAGGUUUAUAUAUAUGCAGCCCAGCUAAGGUUAAGAAGAAUGAGAAUUCCAACUAUCCCUUUGCAAUUUUGUCAUAGACCAUUCAGACCCUUAUUCCGGUGGAAAUCCUCAAUUUCUGGUCUCUGUGCUGGCCAUUGUUCCCUUUAGCAGUGGAAGCUAGUGGUGUCAGCCCUGUCCUCCUCUGUCAUCCGCUCUGGAUGUGUGCUCAUAGCUUUGUGCUCAAGAAAAACCUCUUCCCGUUUUGUGUUUGGAUGAGGGUGAGGACUUUACGCAAGGCAGUGGAGAGGGGCUGGAGGCCUCCGGGCCAGGCACUCUCUUCCCUGUGGAAGGCAGCAGUGACAGUGAAUCACAAACACAGAUGAAGGUGCUCCUGACGGCUCAGUCAUUGCAGUCGCCUGUGAACUGGUCACCAUGGUUACUGAGUGGAGGAUGCCAUCUGUGUGGGGAUGAAGGUCUCAAUAACGCUGUGAGUAGAUGGCAGCAAGUGGCUGUGGCUGUUGGUGGAGUCAGAGCUGUGGUAGAGCACCAGGCUGCUAGAGGAGACUGUUAAAAACAUGCAGUUUUAGCAUGGUAGUUUCCUUCAUCUGUUCCUUCUCUAAUUCCCCUCUCCCUUCCUUCCCUCCUUCUACAUGGCAUCUAAGGAUUCUUCAUCUCAGACACUAAGGUCUGAUAUCUUCCUGUCAUCACUGAAGAGUUAAGGUUUGUCUACACAAACACUGAGUUUACAGCAAACUGGGGUGUAAAUCUACCCCACGCUAGCUUCCCACGCAGUAAGUGUCCGUAUGGACCCUGCUGCAGUGUACUAAAAGUUCCAUAGUGCACCUUGAUCGAUGCCUCUUUGAAACAGAUGUAGAUUAAAGCACGCUGUGGAACUUCCAGUGUGCAGCAACACGGUCCCCACAGACACUUAGUGCAUGGCAGACUAGAUUUACACCCCAGUUUGCUGCACAUUAAGUGGUUUUAUAGACAAGCCCUCACUCCUUUAUCCCAUUCCUAUUUCAUAUGCAAAGACUUGCGUUCCGAGAUCCAAAGCUGUUCUCAAAGUAUCAUGGGGAUCAACUCCUGUGGAAUUGAAAUGACUUGCUAAUGUCUUCUCAGAGUUGGUAGGCUUUACCCUACAUCCUAUCCCCGAAGAAAUCUCUGCAUCCCCAGCCCUGAAUGCCUUCUGCAGGUUUGGCUGUGUAGGGCCACUAUUCCUGCCUUUGUUCUUCAAUAGGCCCCAUAUCCACACCCAUACCUCACUUUGGAUAUGCUGAAAAAUCCCUUCUAUGGACUGUGCUUUAGACCAUCCUUUCAUGAUGUCAUUUUCUGUAUCCCCCAGGACCUGGUUGGAGUUCUGUUGCAGAAUAGGAAGCCCGGAUGCUAUUUAUGUCCUACCAUUGGGGUAUUGGCAGAUGGAGGAGGGAUGGAGGGACAGUAUAAAAUGAUAGUUUAUUGAUCUUACCAGCUGGGCUUGGGGUGAGGCGAUGGCCUGGCUGAAGGUGCUGAAUGGUUGUGUCUUGGUUCUGUAAAUGUAUUGUUGGUGUCUGUGACACUGAUGUGUGGAUCCCGGACUCCGUAUGGGUCUCUGAUUCAGAUGUAAACACCUGAGAAAAUUAAUGUUUCCUAAGCUUUGGAACAGUGCCUGGGUCAGAUCUGUCUCCUGUAAGCCUUCUAAUAGGCACUUACAUGGGCAAGCUGGAUUGGAAACAGCAAGCGGGUCCUGUUUCCAAGGAGACUCAUUGCUGCUUGGCAGUGCAGCAAGGAAGCUUGGGUUAAUGUUCCCAGUGUUCCAGCUGGUAUUGGCAAGGCGAUGGGGUGAGGAAGAUUGUCCUGCUGGAGUGGCACGGACAGGGGGCCAGAUACGCUCUACUGGGAUAGGCAGUAUGCUACGUGAUACACAGUGCAGUUUUAAGUAGGGGAAUGAAGGCAUAUGAUAAACACUAUUGCCUGCUUUAUUACCUGUUUGGUUGAUGUCAGGUUAGUCAGGGCACUGAGAUUUGCUGUAUCUGUUAUCACCAUGGUCUGGGGUAAAAGGCCAGUAUGUGCAUAUUGGGCCACUUCAGACUUGUGGCUGUAGAGAGCUAGAAAUGAAAGAAAACAAGAUUGUGUGGAUGCUGGAGCUCUGAGAGUUUUAACUAGGAACAGGAACAGUUAAAUGGGAGAUCAACUUAGCCAAAGUGACACCAACAUGAAUUUGCUGUCAGUCAAUCCUGAAUCUCGGACACAACCAGUGGGACAUGGAUCUAGGAGAGGAAUCACCUAUCCUCUUCUGUUAUUCUUCUGAUAAUAAACAGAGUGCUGCAAGCCCAGGGGCCAUCAGUUAACCUCACAAGCAAAAGAGACUGUGAAGGUGGGGAAAUCCAGUUUGAACCCUUACCAUGGGGGCUCUGUAUCUGGGCCAUGGUGGCCAUGAAGGGGCUCUGAUUGAUGUGGCUCUGGACCUGCUGCAUGAUGGGCUGCUGGUAAGAUGGGUGGAGCUGCUGGGAGAACUGGACAGGCUGAAGGGUAGUAAGGCUGCUUCCCAUGCUGUUUAUCACAGGAACACUCUGAGCUUGGGUGGAGGCUAGGCCUGAGAAAUAAAGACAUGCAUAUUCAGUUCCUUGUUUCAUCUCAUCUCAUACUGGGAGUGCAUGACUGUUCCCUCUGCCAAAGUGAGGUCUGCAGAAAUUCUGGAGUGUUCUCCAUAGCUGUGCCUAAUCUACAAUAGUAGUAUGAACUAGGACUCUUUGGGGCAGGGGGAGUUGCUUUACAGCUGUGCAUUGUCGAGUUGUGAAUGAACUUAGUGUCUUUGAAAGUCAAGGUCUAUCAACAGUUGUCUGAGCAACCUAUUCUGCAGAAAAGCCCCAUGCAAACAGCUCUUACCACCACUGCUUGCGCCUGAGCUAAGGCACCCUGUUGAGCCACAGAUCACGCAAUGCAAUUCUGUUCAAAUCUGCUGUUAUCCUUCACUGGAGAGACCUUCUUUAAAAGUGAGAGUGGAGUUUAAUGGCCCAGUCAUUAUUUUAACCUCACCUCAGACUGCUGGCAAGAGAGGCAAGUGUGCUAUGUGUAACUAACCACAACAACCUGAAUUUAGACUCAUGGGCUUCAUUUUGUUUAGGCUGCCAAACAGCUGGAUUUGAACCAAUGACAUGGAGACAAAAGGUUUUAUAUCCCUUUACUCAAGUUCCUUAGACAUCCGUUCCCCACUUGUGACAUUUAAACUGGUAAACUCUACAGGAGCAGGACGUUUUCAUAUCAUGUGGACUGGUGCAAAGUACUAAUGCUUCCGAGGAGCUCCUGACAAUCCCCAUAUUUGUGAUUAACUCCCCCACCCAUAUAUUUUUCCCUGCAGCCUCAAAGCUUUUGGCUCAGGAAAUGAGCAACAAUUAUGAUCGUAGAUCCUUUUUUUCCUUUCUGGGUAAAUCCUGAUAAACAGAGUGUGGGAUAGAAACCACAAUGAGCCCUCCACCAUCCCCACAUUGUUCACUGCUCACCUAUUACCAGGGUGGAGGCCCCUGUGUUGGUGAAUGCUGGUGCCAGGGAUGAGGUCUCACCAGCUCCAAUUGCCAUAACACCAGGCAGUGAAGCCAUGAUUAGAUUCUGGGUUUGCUGGCUCAAUGUGUGUGGAUUUUGCUCUAGGCUGUGCAAAGCGGUCAGGGUGCUGACAGGAGGGAGAGGUCCCCCAUGAGCAGAGAUCUGUGCAUGAGGAAGAAAGAAGAGCUGUGAAAAUGCCAUCCGCAACAGCUGGAGUAUGCUGUAACAUGGAGCCUCCCUCUGUGUUUCUAAUGUGAAAUGCCUGAGGGACUGACUGGACUGGACGUGAUCCCAACACGGUAUAGAUAAUGUUGAUGUCAUCUCCAAAUACAAGUAGCAGAUUCCCUUGUGCAAAAGAUCUGAUUUGAUCUCUUGGAGGCAGGUUCUGAAUUCCUCCAGCUUUGAACUGGAAACAAGUUCAAAGGAGGUCCAGAGCUUUGAAGUGCUCAGGAUCAUCCCUCCAGUCCUUUCCAUUGAAGACAGCCAGACAUCUUUCACCGGUUUCAAUGCACAGACUGGACCUGAGAUAGGCAGAGAGCAGGGAAGAUGAAGUCUGCUCCAGAAAGCACCUUCACCCCUUGGCACAGGGCAGAAUACACAAGUAAAGUUAACAUGGCUGACCAGGUCCUGGAACCCAGCCUCAGCCUGGUUAAAGGCACAGCAUACUGUAGUCCUGAGCCCCAAUUGUAAGUUUGGGAAGCUUCUGUUGUAAUUACAAAACCCAGUUGUGAUGCAUGUAGCUAUGAAACUGCAAUCCCCUCAUUUUCUGUGUGCUGCACCUUUAUGUCUCAAGGACCUCUGCAUGCAGAGACAACAGCCAUAGUGUUCCCAGAGUUGCUGCAGCAUGUUGCAAAAGAGAUGCAUGUACGCUAUGCUCUUUACUGCUGUUCUUUCAUGUGGUGUUUUCCUUAAACUAAAAUCAAUCAUUCAGACUGAAAAUGUAUUUUUUAUUUUAAGAAUGUUUGUAUUUGUUGUCUCAAACAUACAACAAAAUAAAGAGCAGAUUGGACAAUGUCUA